UUGGUCUUUAUCUUCAUCGUUUGUAUAGUGUGUAAACUAGUUUAUAAAGUAUGAAUUAGUUGUUAUGAUGGAGACAAAUAAUAAUAACAGAUUUGUUAUUUACGAGAGAAUGUUUUAAUGUGAAGGUGCGAGGCGGAAGUGCCGGUGUUUCCGGUGUCUCUCCGGUUCUCCGGUAGCUCCAGGCUCAGACCGGAGCUCCGUCGAUUGGACCGUUCAUGGACGACUGUUCCCGCCUGAGGAGGUUUCACUGAGGCGGUCGAGAUCCGAAGCGGAGCCACCUCUCCCGGCCUGGCCAUGGACGAGCAGGCGGGCCCCGGUGUCUUCUUCGGCGGCAGCAACAGCCCGGGUCUGGCCGGCGGUGUCAGAGCUCCGAAGCCCGGGGACGGUGUCGGAGAAGCGGCCCGAGCUCACUACAGCGUCCCGGGGAUUCUCCACUUCCUCCAGCACGAGUGGGCCCGCGUGGAGGUGCAGCGGGCGCAGUGGGAGGUGGAGCGGGCCGAGCUGCAGGCUCAGAUGGCCUUCCUGCAGGGGGAGAGGCGGGGGCAGGAGAACCUGAAGAAAGACCUGGUGAGACGCAUCAAGAUGCUGGAGUACGCUCUGAAGCAGGAGCGGGCUAAAUACCAUAAAGUGAAAUAUGGAACCGACCUGAACCAGGGGGAGAUCAAAGCUCCGAGUUACGACUCAGAUGAGGGGAACGAGAGUGAAGCUCCCAGUUCUCCAAACAGCAGCCAUCAGCUCAGCUGGAAACAAGGACGCCAGCUGCUCCGACAGUACCUGCAGGAGGUGGGCUACACCGACACUGUCCUGGACGUGAAGUCUCAGCGGGUGAGAGCGCUGCUCGGUCUGACCCAGGACUCCACAGAGAAGAGACCCGAACCCAUGGUCAACGGCACAGAGGGGUCUUCACUGAGGGACGAGGCCAUGGUCAGUAAACCCGACAUGUCGGACUCAGCCGCCGUGCUGGAGGCGUUCAAGUUCAUAGAGAGCGCCGCGGCAGAGUUCAGCGACGAGGACGAGGAGGAGGACGAGGAAGAGAGAGACAAAACCCUGGACCUGGCUACAAUAGUGAAGAAGAAGCCGUCGUCGACUCCGUCCUCCACGACCUCUGACCUCAGCGACACCGAGGAGGCGCUGAAGGGUUUCGACUUCCUGGCCGGUCCAGACGAGCUGGACGGGUCGGCUGAGUCCAGGUGCGGCGAGGACAGUGGAGAGUGGGAGAAGGAGGCGUGUCCUCUGGGGGAGCUGUCGUGGGACGUGGACCAGGGCCUGAUAGCUCAGCUGAAGGAGCAGUACAAGAAGGAGCGAAAGGGGAAGAAGGGAAUAAAGAGACCAAACCGGUCGAAGCUUCAGGACAUGCUGGCCACCCUGCGUGACGCCGAGGAACUUCCCUCGAUGCAGCCUCCUGUGACGCCUCCAUCACGGCCCAGUGUGCCCAGACUCACCAGUGAGCAGGAGGCGGGACGCCCCGACGACGAGACGAUGACCUACCUGCCGGCGUCUGGGAAAGCGCUCGUCCUGGGCCGAGUGGACGAGGCGGUUUCUAACGAGCUCGGACUGGGAGAACUGGGAGAACUGGCCGGACUGACGGUCGCCAACGAAGCCGAAUCCCUGGCGUACGACAUCACCAGCAACCAGGACGCCCUGAGGAAAACCUGGAACCCCAAGUUCACCCUGCGGAGCCACUUCGACUCGGUGCGGAGUCUGGCCUUCCACCCGGUGGAGCCGGUCCUGGUCACCGCCUCCGAGGACCACACCAUCAAACUGUGGAACCUCCAGAAGACGGCGCCCGCCAAGAAAUGUGCAGCUUUAGAUGUGGAGCCCAUCUACACAUUCAGAGCCCACAGCGGCGCCGUCCUGUGCGUCACCGUGAGCUCCAGUGGAGACCAAUGCUUCAGUGGGGGGGUGGACGGCACCGUUCAGAGCUGGAACAUGCCCAGCCCCAGCAUCGACCCCUACGACUCAUAUGAGUCCUCCGUCCUGCGGGGGGCGCUGUGUGGUCAUACGGACGCUGUGUGGGGGGUGGUCUACAGCUCGGCUCAUCACCGCCUCCUCUCCUGCUCGGCGGACGGGACGCUGCGGCUCUGGAACGCCGCCGACACCUCGCCGGCUCUCGCCGUGUUCAAUGAGCAAGGAGAGCUCGGUGUUCCCACCUCCGUGGACCUGGUGAGCAGCGAGCCGGCCCACAUGGUGACCUCCUUCACCUCGGGACACAUCGGCCUCUUCAACAUGGAGACCCAGCAGCUCGUCCUGAGGCUGGACUCAGCCGGAGCGCCAGAGGCUCCCUGCAAGAUCAACAAAGUGCUGAGUCAUCCCACGCUGCCCAUCACCAUCACGGCGCAGGAGGACCGCCACAUCCAGUUCUUUGAUAACAACACAGGUAAACUGAUCCACUCGAUGGUCGCUCACCUGGACGCUGUGACCUGUCUCGCUGUGGAUCCCAACGGACUGUACCUCAUGUCUGGAAGUCAUGAUUGUUCUAUCCGUCUGUGGAACAUGGAAAGUAAAACCUGUAUCCAGGAGUUCACGGCUCACCGUAAGAAGUUUGAGGACUCGAUCCACGACGUGGCGUUCCAUCCGACCAGGUGCUACAUCGGCAGCGCCGGUGCAGACGCGCUCGCCAAAGUUUUUGUAUGAUCCGAGACGGACUGGAGCUCGGUGGACUGUGUGUUGGAAGAAGGGUGGAGUCUCUGGUCAGAGGGUGGAGUUUGAUUGGACAGCGAAACAGGAACCUGAGCUCCUCCCUGUCCCCGCCCACCUCCAGGACUCCGGCUGGCCUGGGUCACAGAAACAAACCAACCUCUGGAUGAGAAGCCGAAUGACAGGAAACUGUCACAGGUCACAACGCGUCAUGAUAAUGUGCCUUCAGCUCGGACUCCACUUCCUGCUUCUCAUGAGUUUGCUGGGAUUUUUUAAUUUUAUUUUGAAGUUAGGUUUUAGGUCGAGACGAGGGAGACGUUGAGAGGAUGGGGCGGAGCUACACUCUGUAAGGUCACGUAGAGUCUUUGAGUCUGAAACUGAGACUUUAGUAAAAAGGUGACGCAGACGUUCUCUUCCUGAUUGGUUCUCAUCAGUCACAUGACUCGACUAGCAGCGGUGAACACAUCGCUAACACUUCCUGUCAGUAACACUUCCUGUCAGAGUCACUUCCUGUCAGAGUCACUUCCUGUCAGUAACACUUCCUGUCAGAGUCACUUCCCCCUCAUCAUCACUGCUCCUCCUUCAGAGGAGUUUCUCUUACUAAGCAACCAACUGCAGAGGAGACAAUCUACUUCCUGUUUACAUCACAUGACCAGUGUGCGUGAACGGUCAUGUGACGGGUUUUCAGGUCUGUUGGUGUGGGCGGAGCUAAAAUGCUUGUUCGGACAGAGGUUGUUUUAAAAUUCUAAACGUCACGGUGUCAGUGUUUUGAGUUGAUGUGGAACAGGAAGUGACCCGAGCACGUCUCAUGUGAAACAGAGGAGCGAGUGUUGAGCUCCAUCGAUCAUUGAUUAUUGGAGCGAUUUGAUUUCUCACAAAUUCAUGAUUUUAAUCUCUUUGAGAGUUGUAUACUGUGUAUUUUUUUUGGUACGAUAAACCCAAUCGUCGUGUGAUUUCCAACAGAAGAUGAACUUCUUUCUGUUGUGGAAGCUCUGCAGCUCGUGGACGACUCCGAGUCUCUGUAAACACGUCUCGGUUCCAGGUGCCAAACAAACUGACGUCUUUCAUUCAGAAACAACGUGGUGGUAACGACGCUUCAUUUGAAACCUGUUUGAAUUUUAUAUUAAUUGUUAAAAUCCUGAAGCUUUGCUCUUCUAUUUCUUUGACUUCAGUUGCUUCAAGUAUUUAUUAUGACGUAAAACACCAAAUGGAACCAGAGAGAUGAGAUGAUUCCUGCUAAACAGACAGCUAGCUGUUGUUGCUAAUGCUAAUUAGCUUUUCUUUACAUCUUGUGUGUUGUGUCGUUAUUAUUUGGAUCAGUUAUUAUUAUUUUUUUUACGUGUUUAGCGACGUGUCUGAUACAGAUCGAUAUUUUUUUAAGGUUUUUCUCAGUUUUUCUUGAAAGUGACGUUUCUUCUUUCUGGGUUUCUGUUGCUUGUUGUGAGGUCACAUGACUUCACAGCCAUCACUGUCAAACCUUUUCAAUUUACCAAAUUCUCUGAAGCUGUUUUCUGGAAACGUCCUUUACGUAAACGGUGUAAAAAGGGUAAACAGAUGUUUGUACAGUGUUUAGUUUCUAAAUUUAAAUCUAUUUAUUGACCUGGUGAAUUAAGGGAAACUUUAACUGUAAAGUGAAAGUCUGAAUAGUUUUCUGAUGUUUGAGCCGAGAGAAGAAAAUGUUCCCGUGAAGACACAGACUUUACAUCAGCUUUGAAAUCGUGGUGAAAGUGAACAAACUGUUUUUGAAUUUCUUUUCUGAAGCUCAACACCUCAGACGACUGAAUCUUUAAAACCGGUUCUGACCAAUGCCACGUCUUUUAGGUACAUUUCUAAAACAUGAACGAUUGAAAACAGUCGUCAGGGUGUGGUCAUGUGACCUGUGAGUGAGUCACUGUGAGGAACCAGCAGGACAAUGUGUGGAAGCUUCCCAGUGAGCAAGUGGACGUGUUGAUGAGGUUUCUAACACGUGACGUGAAACUGAAGAACACAAACAUCUCAGGAUGAAGAAGAGGAGCCGGACACGUAGAAGAUGAAGACGUCCACUUGGAAACACGAGGAGGUUCCAGAUCUUCUGGUGAUGAGGGCCGACUCCGGUGUGGAGGAGCUGUAAACAACAACACUGAUCUGUCCACAGCAGAGUUUAUACGUCAUGUCCCGCCUCCUGCUGCUCUGCAGGCUCCGCCCCUCGCCUGGAUGUUCCUGUUUGAAGGAGUGGGACCCGACAACCUGCUGCUGCUUCUUCACAAACACUAACUACACAACAUGAAGUUUUAAACAGUUCCUGUGUAGAGGAGUUGUUCUGAGUCUGUUUCUCGUUCCUCGGAGUAUAAAAGUUUAUGUUCUAAACUUUAGUUAAUUUCAGUUUUGAUCAACAAACAGAAAUCAUUUAUUCUUCAUCUCAUUUAACAUUCAACACUGGUGAUAAAACCGUUACCAUGGAAAGCAGACGUUGGCAGCUGAUUUUAUUUUGUCUUUAGUGUAAAUAAGUGUUAUUGUUGAUGUGUACAGUGACACUACAGAGAAAAUAUAGAAGCUAAUCUGUACAUAAACUGUGGUUUCGUUUUCCAUGUUUUUAUUUUGACAGAUUUAUCAGUAACAACAAUAAAGAAAUAUGUUGUGUA